UCAGUCAUAUGUGCACUGUCAUCGUUGGUCUACGAUCUACCACCAGCACGUCCUACCAUAGGAUGACAUUAAGAGCACAUGUGUCAGUUUACGGAAUACGUUCAGUUUGGAUACAACAGCCUCGGGAAAACUGAUUCCCCAAGAUUCUUUAAUGUUUGAUUUCGAGGAGCUAACCUCAAACUGCCCAACACGUCAAGCGAGUUAUAAGUACAGGUGCUAACUAAAGCAAAAGUCGAAAAAGUUUAUUGAAAUAAUUACAGUAUUGUCAUGGCUUCUUAUUUUGAUGAACAUGAUACAAAUUCGGGAGAUGCACAAACUGAAAACGACGCACUGGCAUUGGCGAGGAUGCUUUUGAUGAUGGGCUUUGGUGAUGAAUGGAAUGCAGAAUUUGAAAGAAUGUUUGGAGGCAACAGAAAAAUUCCACCAGCAUCAGCAAAAUCAAUUCAGGAUCUAGAAACAAAGUUUGUUUCUUCAAGUCUUGCAGCACAAGGGCUACAAUGCCCAGUGUGCCUGACAGAGUUUGAUGAAGAAGAUGAGCUUAAAGUUCUGCCAUGCAACCAUCAAUUUCAUACCAAGUGCAUCAUAACAUGGUUACAAAAGGUAUGUUCGUGCCCAGUGUGUCGUCAUGAACUUCCAACAGAUGAUCCAGACUAUGAAGCCUACAAAAAAGAAAAGGCCAGAGCAAAGCAGAGGGAAUUUGAGCUGGAGACUCUCCAUAACUCCAUGUUUGCCUGAUACUGUAUAUUUCUAAAUUAUACUUUAAAUUAUAUUAAACAAUUUAUUUCUAUUUUUUUUAUUACUGGAUCAUUAGUUUUGUAUGAAACUAUGUACAGCCAUGACAUUUAAGUUAACAGUGGACCGCAUAUACAACAAGGGUCAGUGGUUGCAAACAGAAUAUCUGAACAUUUGUUGGUAGUCGUGUGUGUAUGGGUUUGAAGCUACACAGAUUUUAUUUCUGUCAUUAAUUUGUCAAACUUGUAACUGUGCAGUGUGUGCAUGUGCUUUCAGGAGUUCUGACACAUGCAGAAAGGAAAGGCGUCUUUCUCCAACUGUCUUUUUCUUGUUGUAUGCAAACAAUUGCUGAGAGAAAUCAAAAAAAAAAACCUG